UACUAUCAGCAGUGGGCGAGAGUGAGUUUCGGCUUGUGGCGUGUGGUAAACUAUGAAACGUUGUCAUGAUUCGUCAUAUUCUGUCAGUUGCUAUCAUGGAAAUGAAUGGUAGUUGGUCUCUUUGAGACGUCUUUAGUCUAUUUAAAUAAUAUGGUUAUGCCAAAAGCCGCAACAUUUUCAUAAAUAAGCCCAAAACAGUGGAAGAAGUUGCGGGUUGACCCUCAUAAGCAGGAACUUGUUGAAAUGAACCCAGGAAUGAAGAAGUAAGCCGCGUUUCGUCUUUGCGUUUCACAGCUAUUUUUAACAGUAACCCCAGGUGAAUAGCAUUUUACGUACCAACUGACAAAGUGACGUCUUGUCUUUGUUUUUCGUUCAGAUUUGAACUGUUGGACUAAAAACCCUUCGAGGGUAAGCUAUAUAAGGAAAGAGGGGCCAGGAGACACCACUAUCUUAUCCUGAAAGAGCAUCACUAAAAACCAUUCACCGCUGUCUGUAAGAUUUUGUUUGUGGUGUCUGUUUUGCGCUUCCCCGUUACGUCAGUUUUUAGCUUCUUCUAAACGAAUUUUAAUGGUGUUGCUUGCGUAGGGCCGCGAGCGUCAUUUGCUGGCUUGCCUCUGUCUCCUCCACCUCCUCAAGAUCUACAGAGGACGACUGGUUAAUGGACAUUUAUAUGUGCUGAGGAACACAAGUCUCAAGAAAAUGGCUCCUUGUGCGCAGAGUGCGGCCGCUGGCCAUUCGGUUCUUCGGUUUCUCGUCCUCAUGAGGGUCGUCGGAGCCAUGGCAGACUUCGGCAUCGGUUUCGAGAGCUGGCCGCCGAGCGAGGUCAUCGCCGUGCCGGGGUCUCAGAUCCGUCUCACCUGUGCCACGAACGUGACAGCCGAGAAGAUUUCGUGGCAAUACAACCAUCAUUUCCUGCUGGACCCUCGCACGACGUCUUCUCAGGACCAGCAACUAUCGCAGCAGCAGCAGCAACCUCUGCCGCCCUUCACCGUCCAGGAGACCAACGGAGGAAGCGAACUAGUCAUUAACGUCGGAAGGACUUACGAGCAAUACAAGCCUCAGCUGGGUCUCUACCAGUGCGUUGCAUGGUUCGGCGCAGUGGCACUGACAUCCCUUCCCGGGCGCCUGGAAGCAGCCAUGCUGGAGGAAUUCCCACAGCCGAUGUCAGAGCAGGUCGAAAUCAAAGUGGCCGAGGGCGAGGCUGCCCGCAUCGAGUGUGGUAACCCUUCCUCCGUGCCCGAUGCACAGCUGACCUUCUACAAGGACGGCAAGGCGGUCAUCACCGUCGAUGAUAGCGUGUACCACAUAACCCCACAUGGGGAUUUAAUGGUGCUGGGGGUGGGGGCAUGGGCCGUUGGGAAGUAUACUUGUUCGGCACACAACCCUGUCCUCAACAAGACUGUCACUGCCAAGACAGUGACCACCCUGAGUCUCAUGCAACGACCCAAGGAUCCUGCCAUAACGCCUCCCCAAUUUGUGACGCUCAGAAGCUUCUACACGGCAAAUACUGGUUCCUCGGUGCGGAUGAUGUGCCUCGCCAGAGGUCAUCCGGAGCCAGAGAUCGCCUGGUCCAAGUACGGAGGUGCGCUCUCCUCAAGAAGUUUCCAAGAAGAAGACGGAUCUCUUAUGAUCUCUCCCGUGGCCGUAGAAGACGAGGGCACUUAUCUUUGCCAUGCCAGCAACGGCAUCGGAGACGAAGGCGUGAUUGAUGUGUCCCUGGAGAUUAUUGAGCCUCCGCAGAUCGUGAAACCUUUGGAAUCUCAGAGUGUGGAGGAAGGAAGCAAACUGAGCUUGACCUGCAGGGCAACAGGACAUCCGAAACCGAAGGUGAUGUGGGUCUUUAAUGGGGGCCUGGUGAGGAGUGACGGAAAUAUUCACAUGACAGAGGCUGGUUUAUCGUUCAGAUCUGUCGAGAAGAAGCAUGCUGGAAUCUAUCAGUGUUUUGCUCAUAAUCCUGAAGGAAGUGUACAGAGUGUCGCCAUGAUCAAUGUGGUUCCCAAAACUAUAAAUGCUGAUCUGGGAACAAGUCAUCCUAAUAUUGACCCUGCAAAAAAUGAAACCAAGCAUGGACACAACAGUGGUCCCAAGCAUGGUGGUGGUCGUGGAAACAGAAGAGGUAACAAAGGAAGGAAUCAUAGUCACCAUGACAAGAAACACAAUUUAACAACAACAGGAAAUAACAAAAAUGUUACAGAUGAUAUGAUGCCGGAUGAGUCAAGUAACUGGAAGAAGAUAAAAAAAGGAGUGAUGGUGCCUCCUUCAAAGCCCAAAAUGAGGAAGGUGUCAGAUGAUUCAGUCAUGGUUACAUGGGAUAAUCCUGACACCAAAGGACUUCCAGUUAUUUUUUACAAAGUUCAGUAUAAAGAAGUCCGGUCUCAUGGAAGUCGUGGAAGUCGCUGGAUGACAGUUGAUGAGGAUAUUCCUUCACAUGUUAAUAGCUUUGAAGUUACUGGUUUGGAAACUGGUAAAGUGUAUAGGUUCCGAAUAGCUGCUGUAUAUGCCAAUAAUGACAAUAAACUUGGACCAAACUCAAAACGUUUCUUAUUAGAAAAAGACUUGACAGUUCAGCGACCAACUUAUCCCCCAACGAUUGUAAGCCUUCUUCCACAAGGACCAACAGCAGUGAAAUUAGAGUGGGAAUAUGAAGAGUCCCUAGGAGUCCCUAUAGAAGGAUUUUUCAUUAAUUACAGGGAAUUCACUACUGCUGGUGAUUAUACCAAAGUAACUGUCUUAGACCCCAAUGCCAGGUCCUAUGUGAUAUCACAUUUGAAGGCUAAUGUAUCAUAUAAUUUCAAGAUGCAAAGUUUCAACCUUGCAGGAGUUUCAGAAUUUUCAGCAAUACACAAAAAGAAUGUAGCAGGUUAUACUCCAACAACUACUCCUCCACCAGUAGCACUCGGUGAAGAAAGGUCCAUUAAGAAGAACGAUAGCUCUGUGAUGUUUUCCAAUCUCAUUUUAUAUGUUAUCUUGGGGGCUGUGAUUGGUCUUCUUCUACUAAUUGUGAUUGUAUCCUCGACAAUUUAUGCCUGUAAAAACAGACAUGUUCAAGAUGAUAUCCGAACAACAAAGUACGAAGACACCUCUCUCCACAUACAUAAAGAAGCUGCUGCAUAUACAUUACCUCGGUGUCAUCAGAAUAAUGGAAGGACUCAGAAUGGAUAUUUGUCUCAUCAGGGGGUUGUGGUCACUCCAAUAGGGAGAGAAAAGGUAGCUAUGGAGAGCUCUUUCAUAGAAAAUAAUAAUCAUAACAUUCAAAGAAUGGAAAGUUGUUAUUCAACACCAGCACACCAGGCUUCAUCAUUUCCUUCAGAAUCUGAGCAGAGAAGUAAUUCUGAAGUCAGAAGUCAAACAGCUCUCAGAAAUUCAAGUGACACUUUUGAAAGUGCUGUUUUGUCUUGCAGUGAAACAGACACAGUGGCAAGAUAAUUUACGUGCUUUGUUAAGUGUUGUGUCGAGUGAUUUAUAUGUGCUGUAAGAUAAAAGUUUAUUUUCUAUGUACACUUUCAUGUUCUUUGCGAGUUUGAGAAGAGAAAAAAAUUAUGUAUAGGUCUUAUAAAGUCAUGUACAUAUAUUCUGUAUAAAACCUUUUAAAGAUCAAAAUGAAGUAACUAGUCUCAGAUGUUUUAGCUUUAUGGUUUUAUCUGAAUGGUUUUUCGAGUCAAUGAUAUAAUUAAUAAAAUUCUAUUGUAGAAGUAUACUAACUACAAAGUGCAGACUAAUUUUCAUUGGGUCUUUUGAAAUUCAAAGCAAUGAUAGAGCAGAAAUAUCUGGUGAAAUGUCUUCCUUUUGAUAUUAACCUGAUUGGUCAUGUGAUAGUAUUUUUAAGUGUUAUGCUAAGUUUAUUGAUAUCUUUAGAUAUUUGUUCCAUAUAUCCUAUAAUGAUUUGUUCUGUUUGUGCUUGUAUCCAAGAGAUUUAAUAUUCUGUACACUAUCACUCAUGGUAUGUUAGUUUACUGUUUUGAAAUGUUUUGUAAAUUAAACAAUGCAAAAUUCUGUCUCAGAUUAUGCAGCCAAUGAUGGCAAAAUUAUGAAAAUAAUUAAGAAUUUACUAAUAUAUAUAGAAAUAACUAAAAUACUCUGCUUCUAAUUUAUAAAAUAUGAGUUUUUUGGAACUGAACCCACUAACCAUGGGGUUAAUUAGUCAGAAACUAGUCCGCAUGCAAUUUGUAAAAAUAUGGAUUUAAAAGCCAAACCAUGUUAGUCUGUGGAUAACAUUAAGCAAGCCUUUUUUAUUUUUUGUGUGGCAGCUAAGUCCAGUUAACGUAUGAAAAUGUAGGAAGUUCAUAUAUUAUGUAGUUAUCAUAACUCAGGGAGUGGUAAAAAUAUAUAUAGUUAUAUUGUUUAUAUUCAAUAUUCAUUCUAGUAGUGAAUUAUGGCAAAAAUGGGGACUACAUACAUUCAUGUGCAAUAGUUCUAAUUUUAUUAAUAUUUGUGUACUAUCUAGAUUUUCAAUAAGGAAAAGGGAGCAUUUAUGUUAGGUGAGAUAGCAACCAAAUACCUGAAAGAUAUGAAAGUAAAAAUCUUUUAAUACUGUUUUAUCAUAGAAUAAAAGUAGUUAUUACUGUAGAUUUAUUAUGUUCAAGUACAACUUUGUGAUGAGUUAUAUGUAAAGUAAUAUAUGUAUUAGAAAAAGCAGUAAACAUGGAAGUAAGGACCAACAAUAUAUUCUACUAUAUUGUACAGUAUUUGGACAAAUCAAAAGAAUGAUCUGCUUGAUGAUUGGUUUUGUUUAGUCUGAAUUUUUGUAUAGCAAUUUAUGAAUUCUUGUAGAGCAAUUUAUGAUAGGAUUCACUUGAAAAUCAUAUCCAUAAAUUUACAAUAUAAAAUAUUAUUUAAAGAAGUAAAUAAUCCUGCCUGUCAUUUUUGUAUAAAUUAUAAAAAAAAAUGACGGAAUUUUUUUAACUUAACAUCUGUUGUAAGGGAUUGGGAGAAAUGAAAAAUAUUUAUUUAUAAAUGCUAAAAUUUAACAUUAUUAAAUAACUGGAAAUACUUGCUGAGCAUGUGUCCAGAUUUUUUAGAGGAUUAUGUCAAGCAGUGAGACAGAGUGAAAGAAGUACGGCAAAAUUAGAGAGAAGUAACUGGAGCAGUUUUAGACAAGAAAAUGUCAUUUACACUUAAAAUGAAAAAUUAUAAAAGAGUUAUCAGGCCUGUACUAUUACAUGGGGUAGAAACUUGGGCACUAGAGAGGCGGGAGAGUUUAAAAGAACAGAGGUGAGGAUGGUGAGAUGGAUGAUUGGAAUACCACUAGUACUGGAAAGGAGGGAGAGUCAAGAAAUAAGAAGAAUGUAGAAGAGGCGGCUAUGGAAGCCUGUCUGAGAGGCAUACUAUGGGCAUGUAAUAAGAUAGGAGGUGGAACCAAUCAAAAGAGCCAAGAACAUGCCUGUGAUGGGGAGAAGUGUGGGACAUCAGCAAAUCUGAUGGAUGAACGUGGUGAGGAGGGAUAUGGUUGAGGUGGGACUGGGGGAAGAUGCCAAAUAUAGAAAUAGAUUGAGAAAGUUGACUUGAAAGGCUGCCCCCUGCUAUACAAUGGUACUAAGAAGAUCAAAAGAAGUAGUAGUAGAUUAGCAAUUCAUGCAAAUGGAUCAAUUCUCUCAUGACAAGGGAUGGCAUUAAUGAUUAGUCAUGGUAUGUAGUGCUUAAUCAGAGUACUAAAAAAAUUUACUUUUGUUACCAGUGUAAUUAAUAUACUACAAUCUGGCCAAUUUCAUUGUUAUCCAGCACAGUACUUCUAUUCAAGUGAACACUGAUGGUUAAGUAAAUCUCUGUUGCUUACAAUAUUGCAUUUCAGUUAUCAUGUGCAUAAAGUCAAAAAGAGAAGGAAAAGCAUGAGAGCCCCAUUACAAUCAAUAGCACAAGUAAUGAUACUAAGUGGAUGCAAUCUAUAAUUCCAUGGUGUAUUACAAUGAAGGCUCAACCAUAUUAGGCUGGUAGAUAUGCAAGGCUACAGACAAAUUUUAUAACCUAAGAUAUGUAUGUAUAUAUAUUCUCUAUAGAUUUGCUACAUUUUUGCCUUUGAAUCAAAUUUUAAUUUCCUAUAACUUACCCAAUAUUGAUACAGAACUCCAAAAGCAUGUAAAAGUUACAAACUGGUCCUAAUGAAAUUCUAAAGAUAAUAAAAUGCUGAGCAAUGCAUGACAUCACCAGCAGGUGUGAGGGAAUUGGUUCACUGCAGAGCAAUUUAUAAAUAAUUAUACAGUAUAUACUACUUUGUGCUAGAAUAAUUUUAAAAUACAAAAUUCUAAAAAUUUUCUAAUAAAGCUGACAGUCAAAUUUGGGUAUUUGUGGUAGAGCUGGGACCAUAUUCAAACAAAGUAUAUGUGGACUGCCUAGUUGGUUAAAAAAGUAAAUAAAUAAAAAAGCAGACAAUUUCAGAAUCAUAUAGGUUUGAUAAAACUAGAUUUCCCAAUUUGUAAAUAAAAAUCCAUUACUUUAAAUGUAAAUGAAUUAAUGUAUAUAAAAUAGGGGCUCAACUAGAGUUUGCUUUAUACUGUAGCUAUGUUUGAACAUCUGAAGAUCCAGUGAAUUUUGUGUUUUGAGGUGAGAACUAUAUUUGCUCAGUAAUCCCCCAGAUGACAAAGCAAUAUGUUAUAAGCUCAACGCCUAUGUCAACUUUUCUUUCCUAAACACCUAGGCAGUUGGUGUUUUAAAAUUUAUUUCUUGGGUAUAGAAUAUAGCAGCUUUAAUAACCAAGAAAUAGAUUGAAAUAUAAAAAAAAUAAUGGUGAAUAGCAUAAAAAUUACUAUGAGGGCCAGACAAUAUAAUUUUUGAGUUAGAAACUUUUGCUCAUUUUAGUGGCAGGUCACUUUCAAUAUUACGUAUAUCAAAGUAAAGAAUUUUGAUUCAUGAAUGGGGAAACUGAGGUUUUAGAAACCAAAUUAUUAUACAAUUGUUUGCUCAUCUAUUAUGCUUCAUCUAGAAUGGACACUUGGCAGUACGCACAGUAUUGAUGAGUGACAAUAUGAUUGUAAUGUCAUACAUCGGCAAACAAGAGGGUAUAAUUUCUCUGUCCCUUUGUGUGUUGGUAUGUCAGGUGCCAAUAGGUGGGUUGCCACACCACUGGGCUGUUCACCAGACACAUCCAGGCUGUCAAAGUGUGCUGGUAAAUCACUUCAGUUGCCAAGGGCAAGUCAUUGGGAUGGAGUCUUUCCCAUACCCACAAUGAAUAUGCUGUUUGAAUUCUUGGCGACUCCAGUAGUUAACAUAUUUACCAUAAGGCUAAGCAAGAAAGUAACAGUGUUCUGGUUUCUAGUUCUGGACCCUUGGACUGCUAUGGAAGAUACCAUCCAACACCUGUUGACCAUCUAAAUGUUUGCACCAUUUCCCAGCAUUCUACUUGUCUGCUGAGUAUAGGUCACUCCCAGUCUCAGAAUGAUGUUGGCAGCUCUUUUGCUGGCCAAAAGCCAAGUGGUAUCUGGAUCUGCUGCCCGUUUUUUUUUGUCAAAGCACUGAGAAAACAACCCGUGGCCUACUCUGCUUCGUCAACCACUUUUGCACUUGUGCUUCAUGGCUGAAGAGUUGACUUCUUGUUAGCAUUAGCAUAGGUCUAGAGAGUAGGAAAUUGCACUCUCUUUCUUAGUGUGACACUCAAAGGAAUGGGGUUCCCAUUCAAUUUCCUUCAUUCUCGAGUUCAAAGCUCAGAACAUAUCAAUUCCCAAUGAGUUACAAAUCCUUCCUGAUCCUCUCCCUCAGAAGCUUUGUGGACAACAAGACAAAAUUCUGUUGUUUCCACUGCAAUUUAUGCAGUAGUCCAUAUGCAGAAAUUGACACCUCAAACCUGAUCGUUAGCUUCUGUUCGUUAGUGGUGGCAGGCAAAAGAAAGAAUUACAUAAAAACAAAAGUCUCUUUCUGGCUCCAAGAAGCCAAAAAUGGACAUGUGAGUUGUAAAGUGGAGAUACUGAGGUACCCUAUACCUCAGGCAAGUAUUCAUAAGGUCAGGGCCACUGCCUGCCCCAUCUCUGGCAUUCAGGAGAAAUUUCUUUAUAUCCUAGGUACUGAUGGCAAGUGUUUAGUAGUGCCAGACAACUUCCACUGCUUUCUACCUGCAGAACAUUGCCUGUAAGUCACUGAAUAACUUUUCAGGCCUACAGUGGCAACUGACUAACAUGUGUAAUGACUAGACUCCAUUUUUACAAAACAGUAUCUUGCCCAAGGUUUUAGGUAUUAAAUAGUAGGCUGGAUGAUAACUGACUGGUAAAUUUUCCCUCUUUCUACCUUCUUCCUCCCAGCAGCCACAUGCUCUACUCUCACUGAACAGGCCAGGUACAUGGGAGCUACCAAAAAAAAAAAAAAAAAAAAAAUCUUCCUAUCUCUAUCUCUUAAUUUCUGGUACUAAUUGUAAACCAUUCUUUCAAGGGAAGAGAGACAAAAGAAGAUAAAAUCUUUGAUUUUGCAAUAUUAUGCUAGCUUCAAACUAGUCCUUCCUUCUGACAUGGGAACCUAAGUUAUCCAUUUUUCCUAGUGAGGUCACAACAAGCUACACCUAGGCACAGGGCCAUGUCAUCUUUGGCAUCACAUAUGUUGCACUGUACAAAAGAUUAUAGAAGUCAUCCCUCCCCCUGAUCAUCAAAGUAUCAGGGAAGCUGACAUUUCUGGGUAGGAGUCACUGCUAAUCAUGACUUUAAGAGACAUCCUUCUGUCUAUGGGUUAAGUUGCCAUAGUAUUAAAUGGAUUAAAAGGCAAAGUUUUAGGAUACUUUACAUUUUUCCUAGUUAUACAAACCCAAUGUCCUAUAACUAUUCCUCAACUGCCCUUAACUCAUCACUGACUUCCACUUAAUUUGAAAACCUUGUUUAGAACUUCAACAACCAAGACCAAAUGCUGUCCAAGUUAUCCACAGAAAAACUACAGGUUUGUACCUCUAAGAAAAAUGCAAAUUAUCUUACAAAUCUUCCCUAUAUUUAACCAACUAAUUAUUCUACAUGUCCUUUAUGUGAAUAUAAUUCCAGUUUAACCACAAGGGCCCAAAUUAGACUGAAUGACUUACGUUUCAUUAGAAAAUGGGUAAUAAUGAGACCUGUCCUUCAAUAUGCCAGUUACUAGAUAAAUAUCAUGAUAUUCACUAAAUGGUUGAGAAUUUACAACCACAAGACAAUCUUCAGUUGGCUAUAUUAGCUUACAGGGUAUGUAUGAACAAGUCUAAAAAUAAGCAACAGAAACUAUGUUUUAUUAAAAAUUCAGACAAAACUA